GUGAGAGGAGGGGGAGUCCCAUUGGCAUUCUUUAACAUCUCUGUGGCUCACUUGUGUUCAGAGAGCCAUCUGUAGAUCAGGAAGACAAAAAGACGCUCCUGAGCCUUGGCGUCACUCAACAGGAUUUUCAAAGGUCAGGUGUCAGUGGUGGAAUGGACUUCUUAUCAGCUUGGAUUGUGUCUGCUUCAGCACUACCCUUUCUCUGCCUCAUGUGGGGCACGCGGGCCCAGCAGGCCUUCAGGACUGAGCCCAGGAACCUCACCGUGCGGAUGGGGGCCACAGCUGUGUUGAGGUGUGAGCUGCUGCGGGCCUCGGGGACUGUGCAGUGGGUGAAAGAUGGCCUCCUCCUGGGACCUCAGAGAAGCCUGCCAGGCUUUCCACGCUACAGCAUGAUUGGAAACCCCAAGAGAGGGCAGUAUCAUCUUCAGAUUGAAAAGGCCCAACUGGAAGACGACGCCCCCUUUGAAUGCCAAGCAGGCCAGUCCGAGAGCAGUGGAGCAGCCGUUUCCAGUACAGCCUGGGUCAACGUGUUAAUUCCUCCAUCCAUCCCAUAUUUUGAGGUGGACAUGGCAACACCUUGGGUUGCAGGGAAGAAGUACACCGUCACCUGUGUUGCCCCUGAGGCAAAGCCCGUGGCUGAAAUCACACUUUAUAAAGAUGGAGUCGAGCUGACAGGUGCAGAGUCUUUCACCAUGUCUGGCUCAGAGGAUAAGCUCCUGAACACGCAUGCUCAAGUAACAGUCACCGUUCUGAGCUCUGAUAACGGGAGGCAGCUGGCAUGUCACGCCAAGAACCCCGCCCUUUCCCGGCCUGUGGAGACCAAGCUGACCAUGAGUGUUUACUUCCCACCUCAGCCUCCAGUUAUUGUAGGUCUGGAUUCCGAGGAGGUCAAAGCAGGGAGAAUGCUCGUGUUGGAGUGUGUGUCUCAUGGUGGAAACCCCCUAGCCACUCUCCACUGGACCAAGAAUGGAAAAGUUCUGUCGAAGACUUGGGAAGAGGAUAAUGUGAAGCAAAAGUCCAGCAGUGUCAUCAACCUGAAGAUCACCCCGGCUGAUAACCAGGCAGAGCUGUGCUGCGAGAGUGUCAAUCUUGUGUCCCUGUCGCCCCUCGCUGUCAGACACAAGAUCACUGUUCUCUUUGAACCUGCAGAAGUGAUUCUUUUGGGUUCCUUCACGGCCGUCGAAGGACAGGAGUUGAAUCUGGGCUGCUUCGCCACCUCCAGUAAUCCCCCGGUCCAGAUCCGCUGGUGGCUGGGCCACAAGGAGCUCAACAACACCGUUGUCACAGUGGAAGAGGGAGUCAAUGGUGGGAUGACAACCAUGUCCAACAUGACCCACCAGGUCUCCAGGGAGGAGGACGGGCUCAAGCUCACCUGUGAGGCCUUCAACAAGGGCACACACUUCUCAAAGACCCAGAUGACCAAACUUAAUGUCUUCUAUCCCCCUCAAAAAGUAUGGCUGGAUGCACCUCCUCCAGAUGCCCCCCUUCAUGCAGGCACCAGAGUCCGUCUCACCUGCUUCUCCACUGGAGGGAAUCCCACUGGGACUCUGACCUGGUUCAAGAAUGGAAAGGCAGUGACUUAUGCAAUGAGGCAGACGUCCUUUGAACGGGGUGUGGCUCGGGAACUGGUCCUGGUCCUGACGGCCAGUGACAACAUGGCUGCCUACCGCUGUGAUGCCACGAAUGAGGCAGAGAAGACCAUCUCUGCCCACACUAAGCUUAUGGUUUACUACACGGCAAUAAGUAUGAAGAUCACAACCACACAGGAGGAGCUUCGUCGUGGACAGAUGUUAACUCUGGAGUGCCUGGCUGGAAGCAGUAACCCCAAGGCCAACAUCUCCUGGAGCCUGGGCCCGCAAAGGUUCCCGGGAGUGGAGCAGCCACCCAGGACGGCUCAGUAUGAAGGUGUGUCAGUGCGCAGUUCUUUAUCCCUGAAUCUGAGCUCACAGCAUCACAACCAGAAUGUCAUUUGCCAGGCCUACAGCCCCGUGCUCACUGAGGGAACCAACACAUUCUUCAAACUCAACGUUCUGUACCCACCAGAGUUCAGCCCUCUCCAGCCAAAUCAGGUCCAGGUGGUGGAGGACGACACGGCCACCAUCCCACUGCUGGUCUCAGCCAACCCAGAGGAGGUCUCCUGCGUUUGGCUGCAUGGCGGGGAGACGCUGCUCAGAGACGGCUUCUCACUGGAGAUCAAGAAUGUGACGAGGAAAGACGCCGGGGUUUACACUGUCAAGUGUACAAAUGAAGAGGGUGUCAACCAAACCUCCAUCAUGCUGGACGUUCAGUACGCUCCCAGUGUGAAGGCAGAGAAAGACCCUGUGUUUGUGAGCAUGGGGGAAACAGCAGACCUGAUAUGUGUAGCAGAUGCCAACCCCAUUAUAUCUGACAUGUUCUCUUGGAAAUGGAUGGGAGAUGGGGAGGUGGAGAUGGGAGAGGAGGCCCAGGAAGACGAAUCAGGCCUCCUGACCAUCCAUGAUGUGACUCGUGCUCAUGCUGGUAUUUACCAGUGCACAGCCGAUAAUGGCAUAGCACCCCCUGCCAGUGUAAAUGUGCAGCUGGUCGUACAAUUCAAACCAGAGCUUCAGAAAGGAGCCCAGUGGAGGAAGGUAGCAAGUAGAGGGGAUGGCACCACCACAGCGGAGGUCGUGUGUCAGGCGGAGGGUAUUCCUCGUGUCGACUUCUCCUGGGAAAAAAAAGGUCAACGCAUGGACUUUGCAAACCCGAGGUAUGAGGAGCGGACAGCGAGGGAGGGCUCCUUCCAUACCAGCACGGUUCGAGUAGUAAAUGUAAGCGUGGCUCAUGACUAUGCCGUCUUCAGCUGCACGGCUCGAAACACACUUGGGGAAGACAAGCUAGACAUCCAGCUCGUCAGCACAAGUCACCCGGAUCCUCCCUCCUCAUUUCGCCAACUCAGUGUUGCCCAUGACUCGGUCACCCUGGAGUGGAUCCCUGGCUUCAAUGGCGGUUUGUGGCAAAGAUUUCGCAUAAGAUACCGUUGGGAUCGGUCAGUCAGUUACCUGUACGUGGACGUCUUUCCUCCCAGAGCAACGACCUUCACUGUCACCGGCCUGCAGCCUGUUACCACCUACAACUUCUCUGUCAACGCCCUCAAUGCAAUGGGAGAGAGUGACUAUGCCGACAACAAUGCAGUACUGACCAUCACCACCAAGGAGGGGCCAGAACCAGAGGAAAUCCCAGCAGAUGAUGACUCAGUCUCACAGAGUGCCAGAGAACUUCCAGUGUAUUUGACUGUGGUGUUCACGGGGGUGUUCGGGGUCCUGCUGGUGCUGAAUUCACUCGGUUGCUUCUUAAGACAGAGGUGGAAAAGGGGGCGACGUCAGGCAGGGGCUUCAGGAGGCAGUGUAUUGGAUGGAAAGAAGGCUGGAGAGGUGGGGUCCAGUCAGUCAACUGUAAACAACUCCAAUAAGUACGAGAGCAGAGAAAAGAUCAACCCGGCAGCCCAGCGCACCCUCCUCGUCGAGUCUGGAUCUGAAACAGACAGCAAUGUCUACGAGAGCUAUGCAGCGGAAAGUUCCCAUUAUUAUUACCCCACCGAUGACUACAUGCCUGCGCUCAGUCCACACCCUGAGGAAACACGCGGGCACGACGUCACCUCUCACAGCCACUUUUAUGAAGAUGUCAGAGACGGGGGUCCGUACCAAGACAUCCUGGCUCCCGCUCUUCCUCCCCCUCGGUCCUUGUUCGACCACACAUUGCCGCAUCAAAGGAACAACUGGAGAUCACCAACCUACCAUCAGCAGGUCAGUGAGCGAGCGAGGGAGUUCACGGAGGUUCGUCCACCGCAGAGAGACGCUGAUCUUCCCUUCGAGCUGCGAGGCGAGCUAGUCUAGAUUGAGAGGGUCGGGGCGAACGUACGAGCGGUCGUCAUUGACAUUGAGUACAGUGUUGUAAAGCAGUUAUUCAGCGCAAUGUUAUUCAUCUUAUCCUUUUCAGUCAGCAUCUCACACGUGACCUCGAAUGGACCCGUGCAUAGAAUAGAAUAGAACUACGACUGCUUGAUGUGAAAUACCAGAAAUGUCAUGGUGUGUAUCGUGAACACGGAAACAUAUGGCAAACUGGACAAGCUGAAAAGAAGCAGAGUAGAAUGGCAGCAUGAUUUAAAACAAAAAGCUUUGAAAGCCUCAAAUAUUUCAUGCAAUCCAUCUUAUUUCCUUCUCCCCUCUGCGAUCACGCUCUCCUCCUCGUCCUCCUCCUCCUCCUCCUCCUCCUCCCUGGACCUCGCUUUGUUAUUUCACCUUUACCCUCUUUCUUGGAGCCAAGUCCUGCUCAUUUCCCCACAGUCCCCUUCCUGCCUCGGCCUGCAGUUACGACGUGAAUCAGUUAGUAAAUUGCCAGAAAACGGACUGACAUCACUGCGGCUGGCGCUGGGGAAGAUGCAGCAACUCACGAAGCAACGCAAAGCAGAUAUCGUCUUUCUGGACGCAUCUGAAGGCAUCAUUUUCCAACACGUACCCAGAUGAGAAGCUGACAACAGCUGCCAUAUACUGCUCGUAUACGAGUGAUAUGAAGAGUUUCGGACCUCGCAGUUAGUCCGUGGGAAUCCCCACAAUAGGAUUGUACUGAGUGGUAUUUAGCAUGGUAAUGUCUUCAGAAGGUAAAGCCAUAUCUGGGGCCAGACUCUAAUCCGGUUUUCUCUCGAAUUGAAGUUCAGCUCACAACAUCAGUGAGAGAGAGGGAAAACCAUACGGAGAAUUUGUCUCACUUGCUGUGGGCAGUGGAAGAGAGAUAGGGACAGGAUGAGAGGGUUGUGGCUAAGCUGCAGCUAUGUUUUCUUCAAUGGAAAAAAAAAAAAAUCUUCUUUGGUUUUCAUUGUUCAAAUUGAAGUUCAAGGAAAGCAGUGCACUGUCGGCUUUCACGCCACAGCUAUACGGAUGAUAAUUAUGAUCAUCUUUAUAGGUAGAGCACUUUAAAAAAAACAAGGUUGAUUUACACAAGACGGCAAAUUAAUGAGGCAACAGACAACUUUCAUGCUUCCGGCUGUUCCAGGUGGUAUUAUUGUCUGGUUACUGUCGUGAAGACGCCAGGAAGGACACGGGUGCUUUUCCUCAGAGCUCCUGAGGAAGUUGUCGGCACAAUUUUAACGGAGAUUAGAAGAAAAAAAGUUUGUACACUGAAUCUCCUAUUUUGUUGCUGCUGCCUGGCUACUGUCCAAAGCAGCAAACAACCGUAAAUUAACUAAUUUGAACAAAUAAACUCAAGUUAAAUGUUUGGUAGUACUAAUAAGUAUAGGCUGGUAGUGUAAAUUACAGAUCUAGUAGAAAGACGACAAAGUGCAUGUCGUUUUUUGAAGCCUCUCAACUCCUGGAGCUCGUCCCGGGGUUCACUUUAGUUUUCUCUCUUUUCUCUCCUUCUCGCCUGCUUUUGUUCCUCCGUCAACGGGAUUCUUUUUAUCUUUUUAACAUCACUAUGAGAAAUUUGAGGCUAAACACUUUCCAAUUUAAACCUGACAAAUUUUAAAAAUAGAAACUAAUAUAAAAUGAAAUAUAACAAAUUUAAAAUAAAGAAAAUCACAAGUAAAAAGAGGCUGAAUGGGGGCAUAAAAUUCCAUUACAACCUAUUAAAUUACACACACACAUAUAUAUUCAGUAUAUGAACACAGGGGCGUAGCAUGGGUAAAAAAGGGGACAGACUACCCAGGGCCCAAGGGGUGGUGGGGGGCCCUGGAAUUAAAAUGUUUUUUGGUUUGUAAUUCGUGUCAUAACAUAACUUACAAAUUGGCUGAAUACACUGGUUAUGAGACUGUACGAUAUUUCAAAAAAUUGUGGAGGCCCACAGAGACGGCUUAUGUGUAGGGCCCAGAAUUUAGUAUUUCAGCUGGACUAGGGUUAACACAAAUCAUGUCUUAUUGUGUUCUUGCUCAUUUGGAAAUAUUUAAUCACAAUAUGUGAGCGGUGAUAUUAAAAUCCUGAUGAAGUUGUUUUUGUCCACUUAUUUCUCUAACCUACGAAAUUCUGUUUCCUCAACGGUGCCUGACUGCUUGGAGAUAAAUCUCAAUGUUUCACCAGACUGCGUUCUCUCAAUUACCUUCACUAUUCUCCAUCAUGAGCUGUCAAGGUGCGUUUGUCUCAUUACUGAGCAAUUGUUUAAGUUCCUGUCAAGCCGACUGCUGUGUUCAUACCGAAGACUGUUCACGAUGCAUCGCUUCAUUCCUCGGGCAGGAAUGUAAACUGCUCAACCGAAGGCUUGACAGCUCAAAACUGUACGACAACUUCUGUUUUAUAGGAAUUUCAAGCGUCAAAGAGAAACAAAUGAAAUACUGUAAUGACCUCAGCUCUAUUGUACUUCUCCUGAAUGUUUUUUUUAAUUUUUUAUACAAAUGUGAGAUUGAAUAAUAUUCCUUUAUCGCUUAAAUAGGCUGUGCUACCAGUGGGGAGCUAACUGCAAUUCCUGCAAACCCUGUCAUUUAUCUCUUUAUUCAGAUUUUUCAAUUUGAACUUUUGAAAUCAAAUCAAAAGCGACCACAGGUUUUACAAAUUACAACAUGAUUUUUACUGCCAGUUAUUAUGACUCAAUCUGUGACUCUGCUCUCCUGUUGUUAGCCCUGAGAGGAUGUAAUUUGCCCUUCAACGCCGAGGGAAAAAUGUGACUGAAUACAUACAACAGCAUUCCAUGAAAAAUAACGAAAGUAAAAACUCUUUGAAUUCUUACUUUUGAUUAUUUAUUUUGUUUUCUCAAACAUCCAGAGAGGCGGUAGGUAUUUCUGCCCAAAUGUGUAUAUUUAACAAAGUAAAUACAGCUUUUUACAUACAGCUUGGAUGCAUCGUCCAUGACUGCUAUCAUUGCUUUUGAAGGACUCCACUUUGUGCAUCUCAUCUAUAUUUUCAAAUGUUUAUUUAGACAUAUAUGUUAUACUACAUGAAAUAAAUAUUGUAUGAUACAAGAUACAU